AUGUUUAAGAAGUUUGACGAAAAAGAAGACAUUUCUUGUAUCAACAAUGCAAAAAAUUCCAUAGUCAAAGCUAUACGCACGCGAAUGAGUGAAGAUUAUGGUGUUGAUAAGGAGAUGGUUGACCAGAUCUUACCAAAGAAAGACGUUGUGAAACAUGUCAAGUGCCAUGAACAUGUGGAUCUUUAUGCUGAUUCGGAGGGGGAGAUACUUUUUUUCCGACAAAGGGAAGGCCCUUUCAUUCCGUCGUUAAAAUUACUACAUAAAUAUCCUUUCAUCCUACCUCAUUUGCAAGUUGAUAGAGGGGCUAUUAAACAUGUUUUGAAUGGUUCAAACAUAAUGUGUCCGGGUUUGACAUCUCCUGGAGCUCGAAUGUCAGAAGUAUCUAAGGAAUCUCUUGUUGCCAUAAUGGCAGAAGGCAAGAAAAAUGCUCUUGCAGUCGGUGUUACCUUAUUAUCUACUGAUGAAAUCUUGACUAUCAAUAAGGGUAUUGGAGUUGAGAAUAUACAUUACCUAAAUGACGGAUUAUGGCGUCUUAAAGGACCGUUCAGUCGAGCAGGAAUUUUCUCGACUCUGUCUAAACUCCAGAAGUUCAAAAAACUCACAUAUAUUCUAAUAGCUGUAUGUCUUUUUGCUGUUCUUCAUCAUGUCGGCAAGAACCGCAUAAACGUGCAAAAUGAUUUGCUAAUAGAUGUAUCUGAUUGGAGAUUGGGUGCAAUUGAUAGUCGUGUUUGUCCAUCAUGGGAUCACUAUGAUGAAAAUUCGGCUUUUCAUCGUUUAGCUGUCUUAGUACCGUUUAGAGAUCGUUUUACUGAACUUCAAGAAUUUAUACCAUACUUAGAGAACUUUCUAAAUAAUCAAAAGGUGCGUCAUACUUUCUUCAUUGUUAAUCAAGUGGAUGAUCUCCGAUUUAAUAGAGGAGCUUUACUAAAUGUUGGAGCACUGGAGUCCGUCAAAGCUGAAGUCAAUGGUGUUGUUGUAGAAACUAUUGUUCGACAAAACUCAAUAUCUCGAUCUGCCGUACAAUGUUUGAAACUGCCGCAUACAAAUUACUUAGCAUUACAUGAUGUUGACCUGUUACCUGUGGAUCCAGCAUUGAAGUAUGACAUACCUCCUGAGUUUGGACCGGUUCACUUAAUUCCACAUUAUCUUCACCCACGUUACAACUUUUUUAAAAAAUAUAGUGGUGGCGUUUUAAUCAUUAGAAGAAGCCAUUACAGUUUAGUCGGUGGAAUGUCGAAUUCAUUUUGGGGAUGGGGACAUGAAGACGAUGAAUUUCGGAGACGUAUAAAGUUAAAUGGACUUAAAAUUUCAACUCCAAUUAAUGUCACUAUGGGAAUAAAAGCAUUUCGUCAUAUCCAUCAAGAGGGUCAGCAUACUCGGGAUGAUAAAACGUAUUAUAGUCCUGAAGUUGUUAAGUUAAUUCGCCGUCCUCUUGGUGGUCUGACUACACUAAACUAUACCGUUGUAAGUAGACGUGUGAUAACAGUCAGUGGUAUUCCAGCUGUCCUGAUCAAUGUUGAAUUGUACUGUGAUUCAAAAAACUGUAAAUUAAAAGCAUAG